CUGUUUCUCACUAGGAGUAAAAAAUGACCCUCAACAACGUUACCAUGCGUCGCACCCACAACAGCAGCCUGCAGCAGCAGCAGCAGCGGUGGAGCAUCCCUGCUGAUGGAAAGAAUCUGCUGGUCCAGAAAGACUCCAACGAGUACAACCCGCAGAAGCGAUACACCAUCAGUCCUGAUGAAUACUACAGAAGGAGCUGGUCCUCAGAGUCGUCUGACUCCGUCAUCUCCUCUGAGUCCGGCAGCAAUUGCUACCGGGUGGUGCUGAUUGGGGAGCACGGCGUAGGCAAGUCCUCGCUAGCCAACAUCUUUGCAGGGGUGCACGACAGCAUCGACAGCGACUGUGAAGUGCUGGGAGAAGACACGUAUGAAAGAACCCUGAUGGUGGAUGGGGAAAGUGCAACCAUUAUACUGCUCGACAUGUGGGUUAAUAAGCAUGAGGGAGGAUGGAUUCGAGACCACUGCAUGCAAGUGGGAGAUGCGUACCUGAUUGUGUACUCCAUCACAGACCGGGCAAGCUUUGAGAAGGCCUCCGAACUCAGAAUACAGCUCCGCAGGGCACGCCAGAAAGAAGACAUCCCCAUUAUUUUGGUUGGCAACAAAAGUGACCUCGUCAGGUGCCGUGAAGUCUCGGUGGCAGAGGGACGAGCCUGCGCCGUCGUGUUCGACUGCAAGUUCAUCGAGACCUCGGCAGCCGUGCAGCACAACGUAAAAGAGCUCUUUGAAGGCAUCGUGCGGCAAGUCCGGCUCCGGAGGGACAGCAAGGAAAAGAACGAGAAGCGGCUAGCGUACCAGAAACGGAGAGAGAGCAUCCCCAAGAAAGCCAGGCGGUUUUGGGGCAAAAUAGUUGCCAAGAACAACAAGAACAUGGCCUUCAAACUGAAGUCCAAGUCUUGCCAUGACCUAUCAGUACUUUAAGAACGCUGGACUCUGCCCGAGUGUGUGGCAUUUUGUGGACAUUACCUAACUAUGUCGUGGGACAAUCAAUCAAUCUAUAUUAGAUUGGGCUAUCAAAGUGACUUAGGUUCACGGUUGUGAUUGUGAUGAUGCGUGCUGGCAUAAGAACAGCACAAUGCAUGGAAAUAUCUCUCUUCCUUUUUUUUUUUUUUUCUUUUGGUCUGUAGUUUUAAAAGAAAAGUAUAAACCAGAAAUGAUCCAAAGUUCUGCUGGGAAGCGUUCUGGAAUAUACCUGUUCCUUCUCCUCUCACCUUUGGAUAAUAGUGUAAGAACCUCGAACCACCAUGGCUUGGGAAGUGAAUACUAC